CCAGAUUUGAAUCCUAUUGAGCACUUGUGGCAUCAUCUAAAGCUCAAACUUUCCAUGUAUGAUACCAAAGCUAAAGGGGUCCAUGAAUUGUGGGAAAGAGUAGAAAAGGAAUGGAAUUCUUUCACAAAAACCGAUUGUAGAAAGUACAUUGAUAGCAUGCCUGGCCGUAUUAAAGCAGUUAUUGAUGCCAAUGGUGGCUCAACCCGUUAUUAA